AUGAGUGAGCUCCGCCAGCCGGAGGCAGACUUUCAGACCCCAGUCCCGGCCCAGGGCCUGGUGGAGGCACAGCUGUUGGGGGCUGAGGGGGAGGAGGCCGUAUCCCCCUCGUCCUCCUCCUCUUACUCUGACCUGUUCCUGGGCACCCUGGAGGAGGUGGCUGAUGCUGGAGAACCCAGUCCCCCCCAGAGCCCCUCCCCCACUGCCAUGGCCGCCCCUCCUUGGAGCCAAUGUGAAGACGACGGCCUCAGCCCCCAAGAUGAGGAAGGGCCGAGCACCUGGCAUGACCAGGAAGAUGCUAAUCCCUUGCACCUAGACCCACUACCACUGAAGGUAGCUGACCUGGUGGCAUUCCUGCUCCUCAAGUAUCACACCAGGGAGCCGACCUCCAAGGCGGAGAUGCUUGAUAUCGUCCUCCGUGACCAUCGGGACCACUUCCCUGUGGUCUUCAGAGAAGCUUGCGAGUGCAUGCAGCUGGUGUUUGGUGUGGACGUGAAGAAGGUGGACCCCAGCGAGCGCACGUACGAACUGGUCCCCACCCUGGGCCUCACCUGUGAUGCAGUGCUGGGCGAUGGGCCGAGCAUGCCCAAGGCCAGCCUCCUGGUGCUGAUCCAGGGCCUGAUCCUCCUAGAGGGCAACCGCGCCCCUGAGGAGAAGGUCUGGGAAGGGCUGAGCAUCAUGGGGGUGUAUGCAGGGAAGCAGCACUGCAUCUAUGGGGACCCCAGGGAGCUCCUCACCAAAGUGUGGGUGCAGGAGGGCUACGUGGAGUACCGGCAGGUGCCCCAUAGCGACUCCGCCCGCUACGAGUUCCUCUGGGGUCCCCGGGCCCAUGCAGAGACCAGCAAGUGUCAGGUCCUGGGGCAUCUGCUCUGGGUCAGUGGAUGGGAUUCCAGGUCCUUCCCAUCCCUGUUUGCAGAGGGUGUGAGCGAUGAGGAACAGGGACCCUGA